AAACAUAUUUUAGUACGUCCGUGUAGAGAAACUUACUAUGUCUCCUUCAUAAUAAUUUCCCCUAUUUAUUAUUUAUUAUUCAUUAUUGCUUUUGAUCUUUGUUAAGAAAUUGGUUUUGGUCACUGAUCAUGCUUGUUUGUACCUUGUUUGUCUGUCUACUGUUAUUCUUCCUUUGACCUUUCAACUCCUCCAAACGUGUUUUGAUUGAUGAACAUGUUAAAAGGUUAUUGUAAUAGCUCCUUCUUCAGAAAAUCCACUUUACACCUUCUCCCCUCAAACUUCAAUACCAGAUUUUGCAAACUUCAUCAAGCAGCUGCAAAACUUGACUUUUCCCUCCAGAUGACCAGCUCAACACCAGUCAGGGCAUCGAUUGAGGAUGUCCGUAGUUUGCGAUUUAUCACAGCGGUUAAGACUCCGUAUUUACCUCAUGGAAGAAUUGAUCUGGAAGCAUAUGAUAACUUGGUGAAUAUACAAAUUGCGAAUGGCGUUGAAGGUAUUCUUGUUGCUGGCUCAACUGGUGAAGGGCAGUUAAUGACAUGGGAUGAACAGAUAAUGCUCAUUGCUCAUACGGUAAACUGUUUCGGACACAAAGUUAAGGUUAUUGGUAAUGCGGGAAGCAACUGUACAAAAGAAGCGAUUGAGGCUACCGAGCGAGGUUUUGCGGUUGGAAUGGAUGCCGCUCUUCAUAUAAACCCUUACUAUGGAAAAACCUCAAUGAAAGGUUUGCUUGCUCAUUAUAAUAGUUUGCUUUCUAUAGGACCUGUCAUUGUAUACAAUGUACCUUCAAGGAGUACUCAAGAUAUUCCUCCUGAUGUGAUUGAAGUAUUGGCUCAAAACCCUAAUUUUGUUGGUGUGAAAGAGUGUGUGGGAAAUGAGAGGGUGAAACUGUAUACUGAUAAAGGGAUUGUUGUGUGGGUUGUUGAUGGAUUGAGCCAUGAAGGUAGAUGGGAUUGUGGUGCUGUUGGAGUUCAAUCUGUUGCAAGUAAUUUGGUUCCUGGUUUAAUGAGGGAACUCAUGUUUGAGGGUAAGAAUCCUUCAUUGAAUUCAAAGCUUAUGCGUUUGUUUGAUUGGCUUUUUAUAGAGCCUAGCCCUAUUGCUUUGAGUACUGCUCUUGCUCAACUUGGGGUUAUCAAGCCUGUUUUUAGGUUGCCAUAUGUACCUUUAAAUGUGGAACAAAGGGAAGGGUUUGUGAAUUUGGUGAAGGAAAUGGGUAGGGAGAAUUUUGUUGGAGAAAAGGAUGUUCAAGUUCUUGAGGAUGAUGACUUUAUCAUAGUCUCUCGAUAUUAGCUUAGAUUGUCAUCUUCCUGCCUUAUUUUAAGUUACUUUGUGUAUUGGCUUUUAUGUUGUGAACACUAAAUGCACUAUUGUGUUGUGUCUGAAAGGAAACUUUUCAUUCAUUUCAUAGAAGAUAUAUGGCUGAAAAAGCUUCCCUUGUAUGCACUUUUCUCCAAAUAAUAGUGACUAUUUUUGUAACAAUUUCUAUUGUUACUAAGUUUAAA